AUGGCAACUCCAAUUCCGAAUCGUCUACUUUUCAUCGACGGCGAAUGGAGGGAGCCUAUCAGGAAAAAUCGCAUUCCCAUCGUCAAUCCAGCCACUGAAGAGAUCAUCGGGAAUAUUCCAGCAGCUACAGCGGAAGAUGUGGAUAUUGCGGUGGAAGCUGCCCGAAAAGCACUUUCCCGAAAUGGAGGCAAAGAUUGGGCUUCAGCUACAGGGGCACAUCGUGCCAAGUAUUUACGCGCCAUUGCUGCGAAGAUUACAGAAAGGAAAUCAGAAUUAGCAAAACUCGAAGCAAUCGAUUCUGGGAAACCAUUGGAAGAAGCAGUUUGGGAUAUAGAUGAUGUUUCCGGAUGUUUUGAAUAUCAUGCUGAGCUUGCUGAGGCUUUGGAUUCAAAGCAAAAGACUCCAAUUUCUCUUCCAAUGGAGGCAUUUAAGUGUCAUGUUUUGAGAGAACCCCUGGGGGUUAUUGGGUUGAUUACCCCAUGGAAUUACCCUCUAUUAAUGGCCACAUGGAAAGUAGCCCCUGUCCUGGCUGCUGGUUGUACUGCAGUACUUAAGCCAUCGGAAUUAGCAUCAAUUACUUGUUUGGAGUUAGGUGAAGUGUGUAAAGAGGUAGGCCUUCCACCUGGCGUUCUCAAUAUUCUGACUGGACUGGGGCCAGAAGCUGGUGCUUCUUUGGCAUCUCAUCCUCAUGUUGACAAGAUAGCAUUUACUGGGAGUAGUGCUACAGGUACCAAAAUUAUGACUGCUGCAGCUCCACUUGUCAAGCCAGUUACACUUGAACUUGGUGGAAAAAGCCCGAUUGUUGUGUUUGAGGAUGUUGAUCUCGAUAAAGCUGCUGAGUGGUCUCUUUUUGGCUGUUUUUGGACAAAUGGUCAGAUUUGCAGUGCCACUUCUCGACUUCUUGUGCAUGAAAGCAUUGCAUCCGAAUUCUUGGACAAGCUUGUAAAUUGGUGCAAGAAUAUCAAAAUUUCAGACCCAUUGGAGGAAGGUUGCAGGCUUGGUCCUGUGGUUAGUGGUGGACAGUAUGAGAAAGUAAUGAAGUUCAUCUCAACAGCCAAGGAUGAAGGUGCCACCAUCUUGUGCGGAGGUGAACACCCUCGGCAUUUGAAAAAGGGUUACUUCAUCGAACCGGCCAUAAUAACAGACAUAAAGACCUCCAUGCAAAUCUGGAGAGAGGAGGUAUUUGGACCAGUUCUUUGUGUUAAAACAUUCACAACUGAAGAUGAAGCCAUUGAACUAGCAAAUGACACCCAUUACGGUUUGGCUGCUGCUGUAUUAUCACAAGAUCUGGAAAGGUGUGAGCGGAUGACAAAGGCUUUUCAAGCAGGGAUUGUUUGGGUUAACUGCUCGCAGCCAUGCUUCUCUCAAGCUCCUUGGGGAGGCAAAAAGCGUAGUGGUUUUGGGCGAGAACUUGGAGAAGGGGGACUCGACAACUAUUUGAAUGUGAAACAAGUUACACAAUAUGUAUCUGAUGAUCCAUGGGGCUGGUAUAAGUCUCCUUCCAAUCUAUGA